UGAAGUGACAGCGGCUGCACAUACUCUCAUCAGACUUGCAGCUCAGCGCUUGCUGCAUACACUUGCUGGGUUGCAACUUCUUCCUCUCUUUCUCUCCCCUCCCUCACUUUGACGGGCAGCAAUGAAGUCAGAGUGAUGUCAUAUAAGGAUACGAGUGCCUGGCAAGGUGACAUGGGUUUUUGGUGAGUGGUAKUCUCCACAGCCAGCGUUGCCUAUCGAGAGAGGCGUGGAGCUGCAAAAGAUGAUCAUCACCACCACCUCAAGCUCUGUCACGCUCUCUCCCUUUUCUACUCCUCUUUCAGGCUGUCAUUUCAUGCCAGAAGACCUGAUCUGCCUUCCAAAAAUAAGCCUUUACCACCAUGCCGAAGGAAGAAAAACAAGAAGACAGGUAUUUUUAGGGCCAGUAACUUUGACCACGUGCCCCGAAGGUAAACUGGAUGGCCAUUGCGCAAAGGUUCUUCAUCGGUAUGUGCAACGAGGCCAGCACGCACUCGACGUUGACUGCAAUUGUUCUCUUGGGGUCUCUAUUGGGGAUUGUGUCAUCAUAUCCGAUUCCAAGCAGGACUAAUGCAACUUUAUUGGAGCAAAGGUGGGAGACCCUCUUUUCCCGCUCCGUUCUGGGAAUCUCUGGGGCGAAAUCGGACAUGAAUUGGGAGAGUGACUAUUUGAUGGGCAUCAAGAGAGUGCGGCGACUUUACUGCAACGUGGGCAUUGGAUUUCACCUGCAGAUCCUCCCAGACGGCAGGAUAAACGGUGUACAUAAUGAGAACCAGUACAGUCUAAUAGAGAUCUCCACGGUGGAGAUAGGAGUGCUAAGUAUGUAUGGGGUGAAAAGUGAGCUGUUUGUCGCAAUGAACAGCAGAGGAAGGUUGUAUGGAACGAAAUUCUUCCGGGAUGAGAGCAAGUUCAAGGAGACCUUGCUGCCAAACAACUACAAUGCCUAUGAGUCUUCGGUUUACAAGGGCUCCUACAUCGCCCUCAGCAAACAUGGCCGCGCAAAGAGAGGCAACAAGGCCACCACCGCCAUGACUGUCACACACUUCCUCCCCCGAUUAGUAUGAUCAAAGCUGGCAAUAACUCACUAAUUUGCACAUGUGGAUGUUCUCCCAGGUAAUAUAGAAUUAUACAAUAUAAAUAUAUACCAUUACAAAAGAACUGCAAAAACUACACAAGUAUUUAUUAUCUUUAUAUAUGUAUAUUUGGAUAGCUGCCUUUGUAUUAGAACUUAUGUAUAUGCCAUUAUUUGCUGCUUAUCACUUAUCAUUAUCGAUUGAGGAGUGUAUUUACACCUUUUCUGGAAGUACAUACCGGUCGUAACGGGAGUAAAUCAAGAUAGUUGCUCAGCCAAACUCCAUAACAAACGGAUUUUGACAUUAUAACGCUUGCAUAUCUGUCUAAUGGGAGCUUGAAUCGGAGCUUCCUGGGCGUUCUCUAACUCACAGAUACUGGGGCAGCUUCACCCUGUCUUUGGGGUGGAUGACUAAUAUCCUUAGCUUUUAGGAGUGAAAUGGAUACUUUUUAUUACCUCAAAGAACCACUUGACUGGAUAAAGAGAUGCAUGGAAUUACUGUAUGCUCAAAGUAAUACCUGUUUAGUUUAUCCUUUCUCUGAGACCUUUGAGCACUUGCUGGUUCACCCCCCUGUGUUCAAGAUUGCUAUUUUUUAGCAAAAUGGGGGUUUGAGAACGAGACUACUUAAAUGCACUUCCCUUGCUGCACGAUGUGAAGGUGCCUUGGUGUUCCCACUUGUGGCCCCCUUAAACUUGCAUGUAAGAGACACCCACUGUAGUCAGAAAUAGGGCUGACACUCCGAGGAGGGCCUCAGGGGGGCAGGUCUAUCUCUGGUUUAUUUUCUUUUUCUGUUAUUAGAUCGAUUAAGUAAUAUACACUCGGGUACACAGAGAGAAGACUAGAGGAGAACUUCCAUGAGUGUGGGGAGGUAGAGAAACUCAGUUGCCCACCCACAGUAGAAGUUUAACCGCCAUGUGAGACUCUAGUCUCUCCACAAGGUCAUUUAAACAUGGUGGGGCAGUUAUGUGUUACAGACUGGAUUCAAACCUCCUUUGUCUCAGAGCUCAUUUGCAUCAUGGCUUGAAAUGAACUGAAAAAGGGACUAGCAUAAGAACGCACAAUAAUACAUGUAUCUGCUCACAAACUGGGACACUGCUGACACCCAAAAGCUUUAGCGUUAGGCUUUGGGUGAGUGUGUGAAAUGUAAAAUUGCAAGCUUUUGUGCAUCGCCAUACAUAAAGAUGUCUAUUAAGCCAAUGAAAAAUGAUGUAAAUAUUGACAAAUGUGAAACAGAAAAAAGAACCAGGAACAAGUUGCGUAGUUCAGGUUGCACAGUGACCGUCCAUGAUGGUGCCUGAUGUCUUUUUUGUUGGUGAGAAUCGUUCCCAUACAUGAUUAUUUAUUUGAGUUGUUUGUUAAAGUGUGUUUGGUGAAAUCCCAUAGACCCCUCCCAGAUCAGUGUGCUCUGCAGCAGCACUGCAGUGGCAGAAAGUUGUUGGAAGCGGUAGUUUGAUGGUUUUAAAUGUAAUUACGGGAGGCUCAGUUCCUAGAGUCAAUGUGUAGCACUGGACUGAAGGACAGUGCAGUGCCUCAUAGUUGAUAGUGUUCUUUCCUCUGCUGCUGGUUACUUGAAAACGGAGGCUUCUCACUCUGCCCACCCCAAGUCACCCUCUGGGAAUGUUCUCUUUGGUGGAGCCGAGGAGGAGCAGGACUAUUUUAACCUAGGAAAGACUUAUGGGAUGUGGCCUGCUGUCUCUGUUUGUUGAAUCCCCUGCAAGAAUGUGUCUCAUCCAGGAGGACUGGCUGCUCCCCACAUACUCCCCUUUAACCAGUACCACCCCGGUCGUCAGAGACCCCUGUGAAAACCCAUGGGGCUGGAGGGACCUUGGGAUUCCAGCAGUAACCCAGGAGCUUCCUCUCCUGCUUUAGUCCUUUUUUAGUUCACGGUCAGAGUCAUGGACCAGUGUUGACCCUGACUCUGUGUCCAGGGGGGUCUGCUAUUUGAGUCACCCCCCAUUUCCCCCCCACUCCCAUCAAAUCCAUGUUUGUCUCUAUUUGAUAGUGUUAUCUCUCUAUUUGAUUMAUUUGCAAUGAAUUUGAUGUAAAGCUAGUUGAUUGGUUUUAAAGGGACAUACAGGGCUGUGCUGGGUUGAUUAUUUAUUUAUGGAAUUCCUUAUGCACUGUUUGAAUGAUCUCCAUAGAAAGACCAUCAGUGGCCUCCAAGACUUCCAUCUUGUCCUUAAUUGCUCGUAUAUGCGUGGCUUUAAAGCUACAGUCUGUGAUUGGUGCAUCCAUUUUUGGACWUUAAAUGUAAUGUAAUGAGCCUUUAUAGCCAUUUAUUCUUAAAGAAUAUAGCUUAGAAAUGCCUCAUGACCUUAGUUAAACAGUCUUACCCCAUCAGAACCCAAAAUAUAAGCUUGGUUUAUUCCACUGUUUGUGAACAAUGUAAUUGUAAACAAACACUGUGGGUUAAAAAUAGGUUAAAACUAUAAAAACUAGUGGCUAGGCAGCGUUUUGUUUUUCGAUUCAUAGACUGUAGCUUUU